CCCACAGCGUGCUAUGGGCAUCAGGUGGGUGUCCAGAGACGUCCAUUCUCUUUCUUUUCACUCCGCUGCUGUUCGUGAGACUUUUCUGGGGUCUUGGUCCUCCGCUGGUAGUCGAUGUCUAGCGAAGCCGAGGAGCAGCGCAUAUAAAGACGGCUUUACGAAAUUGGAAAAAAAAGUCACCCUUGUCUUAAAAGGACCAGAAAAAAAGAUGUUAAUUCAUAGCCAACUUUUGUGGACAGACCUGGGCCUGCCCUGGCAAGAGAAGUCAUCUUAUUCCUUUCUCUGACAACAGAGACAACGACUGUGCCAGCAUCUGGUUACCACUGUCCCUUUCUCGUCUGGGUCAUUGAGAAGCAGGCUUCCUCUGUUGUCUCACUAAAAUUACUGUUGGCGUAAGAAACGUCCAAACCUGCAGAGAAUUUAUGAGUUUAUUUGCACCAAACUGGCGACAAUUGCUGGGAAGCGAAAUCUCAAUGGGUUGAGAAAAUGCUGUGGGGAAUGACAGUGUUACGGCUUUUUUUACGAUGUAUUUUAUACAUUACAAUCAGAGGAGGAGAGAAGGAGGGUUACGGUGAGAUUCACUGAUGGUAGGUUAAGGAGGCAGGAGAAAGCGAAGCAGGAAGACCUCUGUGGUUGGAUAAAGGAUAAAACAGAAAAACUCGUCUUUCCCACUGGAAGAAUUUUCACAUGGAAAAUGGCCAAGAAUACCUCUUUGAAAAUUCAAGAUUUUUCAAAGGUCUGUUUGGAAUACUAGAAGUGUGAAGAGAGCCUCAAUUUUGUUGGUUUACUGCAUGCUUCCAACUUGGCUGUGCUGCUUAGUGAUUUAGGAGCGGGCCUUGAAUAUUUUGAAUCACCUUUACAUGGAGCAUAAAGAUGAUGAUGAUGAUGAUGUGACUUUUGCCAAAUGGAUGAGCAGCUUCUGGGGUCACAGCUGGAUGGAGGAGGAAGAGAGAGGACUCCGGGACCGCCAUGGAUCACAAGACACCAGUUACAGGAAAGCUUCCUUGCCCUGCCCAUUUCCUGUGCUUCCCAGAGCCACGUCAUCUGACAGCCGUCCCAGAAGGCAUUCUCACGAGGACCAGGGAUGUCGCUGCCGUACCCACGUGAGGGAUUAUAGGAGAAGCUCAGGGGACAUGUCCCCCAAGGCGCCAUUGGAAUCAAAAAGGAGAUCCCAUUCCAAAAUGCAGGCAUUUUCAGAGUCCUUUGAACAGAGACUGUGCUUCAAAACCAAGCGCUCUGUCUCUUUGGGACCCGACAGCAGAAAGGGAAAAAAUGAAAGGGAAUGCCUGAGGAUGGAGAUAAGAUCCCGCCAGAAAGCGGAGGAAAGAAGGGGCUCUAGGAGGGAAGAACACGGAGAAGUACAGGCAGCCCCUCUCUUUGAAAAAAGGACUCCAGUAGCGCUCCGCUCCCCCACCGUGACGACACGGGCUGCGGGGGCAGACUUGAGCUGCCAUUUGGACUGGAAAUGCUGGACCCAGAUAAGUGUCAGUGUUUGGCCAAGGACGAAAUCAUUACCACUACUUUCAAAUGGAAAGGAGACAACUGCAGCAUUUCUUAUCAGAACUCUCAGAGGCCACCGGCCCCAGAGGUCCCCCUCCUGAGGGAUGUCACUGCAGUUCCUGGAGGAGAGCACUCGGCCUUUCUCUGUCUCUCCCGUCCCAGGGGCUUCCUCGGGUGACCCUUCGGUGCCGUCCGCCACCGUUUCUCACAACAGCCGAGUCCCACAGCCCAGCACUCUGGAUGGACGCCUUCAUUGUACCUCUCUAGUUUGUCAAGGUUUUGUUUAAAAUAUGGCAUAUGUAGUAACAAAAAUGUAAAUGAAAAUAAAAGGCUAUUUAGCUGUCAAAUUUGCAAAUAUAUAUAUAUAUAUAUUUAAAUUUUCAGAAUUUGCGGAGAGUGAGAUGGGACAGAAACAAGGAACAGACUGAUAGCUGCAGGAGAGGAGGGCAGGUGGGGACUUGUUGAAAGAAGGUGAAGGGAUCGGAUGAAGAAGAAUACAUAUGACCCCCGGACAUGGACGACAGUAUGGGGAUUGCCCAGGGGUGGGCCGGAGGGAGGGGGACGAGAGGAGAA